AUGGCGAUGAUGAAGCGGAGGCGCGAGCAAGAGACUGGCGCCCAGGCGGACGCGGCCGAUGCCGCCAAGAAGCAGAAGCUCGCGACAGCUGGUGGCAGCAAGUACAUCAACAAACAGCGCGUGCUCGUGUUCUCGUCACGCGGCAUCACGACGCGCUACCGCCACCUGAUGGACGAUUUCCGGAAACUGCUGCCGCACCACAAGCGCGAGGUCAAGUUGGACGCCAAGGACACGCUGCACGUGGUGAACGAGAUCGCCGAGAUCAAGGGAUGCAACACGACCAUCUUCAUGGAGGCCCGCAAACGCCAGGACCUCUACAUGUGGGUCAGUCGCGUCGGGACGGGGCCCAGCGUCAAGUUUCUCGUCCAGAACGUGCACACCAUGGACGAGCUGAAGAUGACGGGCAAUGCCCUCGCUGGCUCUCGACCUUUGCUGACGUUUGACAAGACUUUUGACGAGAUGCCGCAUCUCCAGGUGAUCAAGAAACUGUUUACCCAAGUGUGGGGUACGCCAAAAGCGCAUUCGAAGAGCAAACCGUUCAUUGAUCGGGUCAUGAGCUUUUACUAUGCGGACGGCAAAGUCUGGUGCCGCAACUACCAGCUCGCAGACGACGCGGAUACCAAGAAGGCCGAGCUCGCAGCUUUGCACCGUGGCGAGGACCUCGUGCAGCUCAUUGAGAUUGGGCCGCGCUUCGUCCUGACUCCCAUUCGCAUCUUUGACGGCAGCUUUGGCGGCCAGACGCUGUUCCAGAACGAGCACUACGUGUCUCCAAACGAGAACCGCCGUGAUGCCAAGGCCGACAAGCGCGACCGCUACGUGUCUCGCAAGGUUGCGGGUGUCGAGCGCACGGACCGAGAACCGGAGCGGGAGAUGCCAGAGGACCAAUUUGCGGACGUCUUUGCUGGUGUCAAGCACUGA